UGUACUUAAUUUUUAAAGUGGUUGAUAAACGCAAGCUUAGAAUACACUUAACCAGAACAGAGUGUUCGCCGUCCGAAUGAGCAUCAAGACUUUCAGAGUGACAUUUCAAAGUAUAUUUUAGAGAAAAGUUCAUUUUGAUUGUUAAAUUCCUUUCUGAAGGUAUUCUGUGAGAAAAAUGAACAGAUUUCUUUUAAAUACAUUGGUCCAGUUGACAAGUUUUGUUGUUUCCUGUGAGGGUUUCUUCAUGGUUCCUCGUUCAUUCAAUGGUGACCUCACUCCUGUAGACCCUGAAAUAUGUACCACACAGAGCGUCACAUUCACAUGCACGCUUUUCAACCAGCCGAAUCCAAAACACAACAUAGGGUUUGCUAUAAAGAAUAAGGAGACUAAACGCAAAUUUAUCCGUGUUGGGCAGGACGAGGUCAAGGUCAUAGAUGAAUCAAGGUCAGAAUUAACUCUAAACAAUCUGACAACAAAAACAUUUGUACAAUGUAUCAACGGGGAGUCACCGAAUGAUACGGAUGAAGCAAGACAAAUUGGUCAUACAUCCACUGUACAGAUAUACCCCAUGCCAAGCAAAGUGGAACAACUUGAUUGUAUUGUAGAUAAUUAUUAUGAUUCGAUGAAAUGUUCUUGGGACUAUGGCACUGCUUAUAAGCUCGGUACAUUUAAUGUUACAUUUCAAUGGAGAAUUCCUAUGUUAUCUGCCUCAUGGAUCAACUGUCCAGACCUGAAUAUUAAACACGGUUUUUGCCGCUGGAAGAGCACUCGUACUGGAGACUUUUCAAUGAAAAUAAUAGAUACAAAGAUAACACUCAAACAAUCAUGUGGCAUCAGUUAUUCUUCAACUUUUACAAUAGAUACCACUAAAAUAGUAAAACCCGACCCCGUGGCGAAGUUAACAUCUACAACCAUCAACAGUACUUGUGUUAUUGUAAAAUACCAUACAAACAACUCUCAGAUGCAAUAUCCAAAACAACACAAACUGAUAAUUUCGAACAAAUGGGAUGAACCAAAUGAAAUAACGUUUAACACAACAUACUGGUCAGAAAAAGGGACACACAGACGGACAGUUUGUAAUCUACAUCCUUAUACAACAUAUACCUUUUCUGUCAGCAUACAACCGACUGGAGACGAAGCAGGUUAUUUUAGUGACUCUAGAACCACGGAGGCAACAACGUAUUCUGAUAUACCUAGUGCCAGUCCAGCUGUUGCAGAAGGGGGUUACAGCUUCAAUGCCAUGGAGUGUAAACAUUUGAAGUCUAAAAGACGUAUAUGUAUACCACUGAAGCCAAUUGAAGAAGAAAAUGAGAAUGGUCCGAUGAAUGGUAUUGUUUUAUUAGUCACGAAUACUGACACCGGUGAGCAAUUUGAUGAGGAGUUCACAGAGAAGUUGACAUACGUCUGUCUGUCUGACCUACAAUGUAACACAAGCUAUAACAUCAUGUUCAAGGCUAGAAAUGUUAAUGGGACAUCUGAAAAGAAUUCUUCAUUGUUCAUACCCCCAGUGGCACUUGAAGUUCCUCCACUAGAGGUUAAAGUUGAAGCUGGACAAGACACAGAUGUGUACAUGAGUUGGACACAAACAGAAAAUGCAACCGGUUAUAUGGUAUUCUGGUGUAGAAACAGAAACGGGAAUUGUGCGACAAGAAAUGGAGUCGAUUGGAAAUAUUUCCCUAUGGACACAACAGAAGGCAUUAUACGGAUAAAAGGUGAAUACUUUCCACGGGACUUUUUGUAUGGUGUAAGUGCUUUAACAGAGACAGGCGGCGGUGGUAUAGAGUGGCAAGACUGUGUGUACCUACGGCACGCCGACCCGAAGAGGGAACCGAAGAAUGUAGUUGUGUCGUUAGGUUCUGAAGACAAUACGCUUGUGGUCACGUGGGAUAAACUAAUGUGUAAAUCGGACGAGCCGUACAUAGAUAUGUACAACGUGCGAUACACACAACUAAAUAACGGCAAUGAGAAAUCUUUGAAUGUCUCGUCUUCAGUAGAGGCAAGGGUGACAAUCAGGAACCUACAGUAUGAUCAGACGUACGUUGUUACAGUGAGAGCGGUCACGGACAGAGGCCAUUUUGGACCUGAAAGUCACCCAAAGAGAGGUGUUGUUAAACCGAAUAGCAAAUGUGCCGGUGUGACAAUCAGUACCCUCGAAGAUGUUCAACCGUAUAGUGCUACAGUAAGUGGGGUCACAGAAAAGGAACACCUUGAGACUAGCAAAAACAUUUCUUAUUAAAAGAACACGGUGUAAAUACUUAUUCUAUGAAUAUGUACAUGCUUUGAUUAUUUGUAAAAAAUAGUUUGACAGAUGCUUAAAAACGCUUAUACGUGUAGUUUAAAGUGAGUCAGUACACAUGUACUUGUGACACUUUGCAGAUGGGUCAUUAUAUGCGUUACGCCUAGUAACAUUUUUCAAACAUUGUUUAGAGUGAAUAUGAGCAUCCGUUGCUUUUUUCUUAUUUUUAAACAUUUUCACAACGAAGAAAGUGAAUGUUUUAUAUUUAUAAUUUAAAAUUCCUUUCUGUCUAUUGUACUUAAAGUAUAUAAAAAUUCAAUAAAUUCUUGUACUUGAUUUUUUAAAUUUGCUUCUUACUUGUGUUGCUUUUUUUGCGCCGUAGCCAUUUGCCAACCUGUUUUUUAUGUGAAGGUUAAAAUUAAGAAGAAGAUAUCAAAAUUAUUAAGGACUUGAAAGCACAGCACAUCAACUAAACGGGAAAAAAUUAUGUUUUUUUUUCAUGAGUUUUAUCUCCGAGAUUUAUUUUAGUUUCUAAAUUAUUUUAAGUUUAAAAUGGAGGUUAAAAUAACAAACACAGGCUUAAUAUUUCUUUGAGAGAAUAUAUUGAGUGUUCAAUAGUUUAAUAGACAAGCAAUUAGUUUCCAAAAAUAAAAAAGUUCUGAAAACA